AUGUCUAUGAUCAGUUGGAAUUGCCAGGGCUUGGGCCGUGCACAAGACCUAGUCAUUCCAAGACUACGGGAGAUGCGCAAAGAUCAUUUCCCGGACCUUUUGUUUUUGAUGGAGACUAAACACAACAGAGAUGACUUGGUGGAUCUACAGACAUGGCUAGGCUAUGAUAGGGUUAUGACAGUUAAUCCUAUUGGGUACAGCGGAGGCUUAGCAUUGAUGUGGAAAAACUCUGUACAAAUUGAUUUCAAGUUUGUAGAUAAACACUUGGUGGACUGCUAUGUAAAGUUUGGGAAGGAAUGUUUUUUUGUAUCUUGUAUAUAUGGUGAACCGGUUAAGAAUAAUAGACCGAAGCUAUGGGAAAGACUAUCGCGCAUUGGAGCUUAUCGGAAAGAACCAUGGUGUAUGGUUGGUGAUUUUAACGAAAUAAGAAACAAUGACGAGAAGAUCGGAGGCCCUAGACGAAGUGAGGCUUCUUUUCAAGGUUUUAAUGAUAUGCUUCAGAUUGCUGAUAUGUCGGAACUGCCAAGCACAGGGAAUUGCUUCACGUGGGGCGGUCAGCGAGGAACCUUAUCUAUUCAAUCUAAAUUGGACAGGAGCUUCGGAAACAAGAGUUGGUUUCAGCUUUUUCCUGCCUCCAAUCAGGUUUUCAUGGAUAAACGGGGUUCGGAUCACAGGCCAGUUCUGGUCAAAUUCUUCUCCUCUUCUGAUCCCUACAGAGGAAGCUUUCGUUUUGAUGGGAGAUUUUUACAUAAGCGUGGUGUGCAAGAAGAAAUCAAGAAAGCUUUGUUAACAGAUCAUCCUCUUUUCGAAACCAAGGUAUCAGACAGAUUGAGGAGAUGUAGAAAAGCGCUGAGUAAUUGGAAGAAGAAAGAAAACAUCAAUUCUCGUGAUAAGAUCAAGCAGCUUCAAUGUGCCUUGGAGUUGGAGCAAUCUUCUUUGCAUCCCUCAACAUCGAGAAUUUAUUUUCUCAAAUCUGAACUUGUCCAGGCUUAUAGAGACGAGGAAUUGUUUUGGAAGCAGAGAUGCAAGGAUAAAUGGGCUAUCAAGGGGGAUCUAAACACCAAAUACUAUCAUGCUUCAGUGAAAGCAAACAGAGCAAGGAAAAGGAUCAUUAAACUAAUUGAUGCCUAUGGUCAAGAACAAUUCUCUGAAGCUGCUAAAGGGGAAGUUGCUUCUGAAUAUUUCUCCAAAUUAUUCAAAUCAACUUCCAAUGGUGAUUUCACUAGUCUAUUUGAAGGUUUCACUAGACGCGUUUCUGAUGGUAUGAAUGAGGAUCUUGCCAGAGAUGUCAGUAAAGAAGAGGUUAAGGAUGCGGUCUUCUCUAUCAAUGCAAGCAGUGCCCCUGGUCCGGAUGGGAUGACCGGUCUUUUCUUCCAAAGAUAUUGGAAUACGGUUGGAGACCAAGUUACAAAGGAGGUUCGUGAAUUUUUCGUAACAGGCUUGUUUCCUGUUGAAUGGAAUUACACGCAUCUCUGCCUAAUUCCAAAGAUUGAUGAUCCUGUUCUUAUGUCGGAUUUGAGACCUAUAAGCUUGUGCUCGGUUCUAUAUAAGAUUAUCUCGAAGAUUUUGGUUUCCAGACUCAAACCUCUCCUACCUGUCAUUGUCUCUUCUUCCCAAUCGGUCUUGUUGAAGAGAGGCUAA